CCGUGGAGUGCGUCCGACAGGCGUGAGCGGGACGCGUACUGAAGGUAUAUAUAUAUACGAGGCGAGGAUUUCGUGACGGACACUCUCCCCUUCUCGACGCGAGCAUACCUCCCCACGCAACGUGCCCGAGCAUGUUGUCCACAUCUCGUCUCGCAACCGGCCGCACGAAGCUCGUUCCGCAUGCGAUUGCACGCUUCGACCUCGCAGCGCGACGCGUAGCGGGUCGACGUAUCGCGCAGCGAUUCCAGUCGACGCCGAGUGUCAGUCAGUCAGUGAGUUCACAAUCCUCAGCCGGCACACACAUCGCAGCGGGAGUCGCCGGCGGAGCAGUCGUUGUCCUGGGAGGCUACGCAUGGUACCAUUUCUCCGGGGCAAAGACCGCGGUGAACGCAGCGAAGCAGGCGCACGGCUACUACGAAGACACCAAACGCAGCAUCGCCGAAAACGCUCCCAAGAACCCGAACGAGGUGAUCGAGUUCCUUCGGAAGACGGCCAAGACCUACGUGGGCGUGAUCCCCGGCGCGUCAUCAUACGUCGACUCCACGUUCGAUGCGCUGGGCGAGCUGCACGCGACGCACGGCGAGGAGGUCGAGAAGAUCCUGCAGCAGGGGUACGACGAGAUCAGGCAGAUAUUGCAGGAUGGGAAGAGUGGCGCGGACAUGCAGACGGGGUUGAAGGUCAUGGAGGUGCUACAGCGUAGCUCGAGCCAGCUUGAGGAGGUCGGCAAGAGAGCUGGCCAGGACGCGUUCCAAAAGCUCGGCGAGCGCUAUCCCGAGCUGAAGGAGAAACUCGGAGGGAAGUACGACGAGCUGAGGAAGGCGGCAGAGAAAAACGGGCCGGAGGCGAAGAGGAUCUAUGAAGAGACGACAAAACAGAUUGGGAAGAUAUUCUCCUCGGGCUUCAGUCCUGACAAGCUGAACGAAGCACAAGAGCUCGUCCGAUCCAAGGCAUCGGAGAUAAGCGAAGCCGCGGGCGGGACAUCGCAGGAGGCAUGGGACAAAGUGUUGAAGGAGGCGACUCCGUACCUCGACAAGUUGCCUGACAUCCGCAAGCUAGUCGAGGAUAACGCAUCCGCGUUUAUGGCAGCAGGCCUGUCGCAGGGCGGCGCCGCACAGGAGGUGCUUGCUCGCGUGAAGGAGGCGGCAGAGGGUGGUGCAGCGAAGAAUAAGGAGAAGCUGAAGGAGCUGAAGGACUUCGUGCAGGCCAAGGCAGACGAGGCGCGGCAACGCGGAGAGAAGGGCUCCCAGGGCGGAUUGCAGAGUCUGCAGGAGUGGAUACGGGGCAUGCCGGGCGGGGAGGAGGCGCUGAAGAAGGUGCCGGACGUGAAUGUCGAGGCUCUGAUGCAGGUCGCGCAGAGUAGAGGCGACGAUGCGAAGAAGCUAAUGGGCGAGACGUACGAAGACAUCUUGAAGGUCCUCCAAGAGAAGGCGAAGAAGGCGGAGAAGAUCGCAGCGGAAGGGAAGGAGGAGGCGAAGCAAAAGUCAUCGUGAGCUGUUGGCUCAGAUGCUAAAGGCCGUGUGUCGUGUGCUACACAUGGGGACGGAUGAUCACCGGUAUGUGGACGUUAGAGCAAAGCAACAUACGGACAUACGGAGGAC